AGGAAAGCGAAGGAAACUAUCGUCCCUCCUCCCCCUGAAGCGAAGGUCGUCGAGUCGAGCGGCACGGGGCGGGUGGUCGCACGGUGCUCGAAUCAUGCGAAUUCCUGAAAAUGCGCAGGACGAGCAGCAACGGUUUGAAGCUCGACCUGACGGAGAACACGCCAGGUAGCUCGUUGUCGAGGCUGCCCAACUUGGUCGAGCAUGCGGAGACCUGUCAAGCGUUGUCCACCGGAACCGGUGAGAAUUUAAGCAGCAAACUGCCGAACGUGGUCGAAGGCUCGAUGGACUAUGGUAGCGAGCGUAGAUCGUCCCGGUACCUCGAGUACCACCAAGACGCAACCACCACCACCACCACCACCACCGCCGCCGCCCCUAAACCGUACCACCAGGACGGCCAGUCGGCCUCCUCCGGCCUGCCCCCCUACGAGCAACAGACCUACCACUCCGAUCAGUCGGGCAGAGGGUACGGCAGGGGGGGCUACGGCAGGGAGGAUAUCGACCGAUACGAGGAGAGAAUUUAUCCCGAGGACAACCUGAGGUACGAUCGUCGAAGCGAUCAGAGGACGGCGUACCAGGAGUCGGACUUGGACGCGGCUUACGAGAGGGGCGAUGCCCAGAAGCUGAGCAGAACUUAUCCAGGGGCCGAGGAGGCGGGGGGCGGCGGUAGGCGAUACUCGAGAGAUUUGACCGAUUACGAGUACGCGUCCAGGUACGCGGAGGAGACGCUGAAGCUCGAGGCGAAGAAGGACCAUCACCACCACCAUCACCACCACCACCAUCAUCACUCGGGCAAGGUGUACGCGGACCCGACCCCGUCCAAGGGCUACGAGUCGGGGGUGAAGACGCACGAUUCCGCUUACGAGUUGUCGUGCGCCUCGCAGCAGGAUCUGCCGGGGAGGAAGUACGAGGGGAAGUACCACUCGGUGAGCAAAAUGUACGGGACGCUGCCGAGGUACGAGACCGGUAAGUCGUACGAGGGUGGCACGAGAUCGUACGAGUACGAGGAGGAGCACGAGGCGUACGAGAAACAGGGGACGACCCCCUACGAUUCCAAGUACGAGUUGACCAGCUCCAAGAGCUACGAGAGGGCCAAGUACGAGGGGUCCUCGUCCUCGAGGACUUACCUGCACGACAAAUCGUACGAUCAGACGUUGAAGAUCGGCGAGUUGGGGACCACCUCCUCGUCCGGUGGUUACGGGAGGAAGGCGCAGGAUCAGGAGGAGACCGCCGCGGAGAAGAUGAACGGUUACAGGAAGAACAAUUUCGAGGCGUACGGCGUUUAUUCGGACCCCGAGGACGAUCACGGGUUCCUGGCCGAGAAAAAGACUCCCCAGUAUCCGUACAAGGGCGUGGUGGUGAACGUCAGCGGGGAAUCGAGCGUGAUCGAUCAGAAACGGGCGAAAGACGGAAGGCAGACCGAGGUCGUGGCCAAUUCUUGGUGCAGGUUUACCAUAGUGCUGCUCUUGUUGGUCCUCCUUAUCGUUAUCUUCGUAUUCGUCGCUGGAAUCGUCCUCUACCUGAACUAUAUGUCGUACAAACCGCAGCGGCCCACUAUCGAGGGUAAGGAUCUAAAUUUCGCCAGUAAUAACGCCGAACCUUGCGAGAAAACGUACUGUUCUUGGGGCGCGACGUGCGUCGUGUCGGAGAACGGGAAACCUUUGUGCCAGUGUCCUACGGAUUGUCCUUCGACUUCCGAGCCUGUCUGCGGCUCCGACAACGUGACCUACACCAACUAUUGCCAUCUACGGAAGAGCAGCUGCCUCGAGAGGAAAAGCACGCGGGUGAAGAAUCAGGGCGCUUGUGAGAUCAAGGAUCCGUGCACGAAACUGAAUUGCAGCCAGGGGUCGCAAUGCGUGCGAAGCAGGGACGGAAGCGAGGCAUCCUGCGAGUGCCUGGAAUCCUGUCCGAGUUUAGGGGAUCACGAGGGAUCGAGCCCAGUUUGCGGCACAGAUGGGACCGACUAUCCGUCUCUGUGCGAGAUGAACAGGGCCGCCUGCGCCAAGGGUGCCAAUAUCACGAUGGCGUUCCAGGGGAAAUGCGAUCCUUGCGGCAACGUGGAGUGCGUGGAGCCGGAAAUCUGUCAGCUGGACGAGUCGAGGCAGCCUGGCUGUCGUUGCGGCGAGCAGUGCGGCCUCGAGUUCGCCCCGGUUUGCGGAAGCGAUGGUAAAACAUACUCGAACGAGUGCAGCCUCAGGCAGGAAGCCUGCAGAUCCAGAUUAUCCCUGAGGAAAGUCUACAAUGGCGCGUGCAGCUCAGGAAUCAAUCCGUGCGACGAGGCGAAGUGCGGCCCCUACGAGCAGUGCGUGAUCAACCGACAGGGGAUCGCGAGCUGCGAGUGCGGAGCGGAAUGCGAGCCGGUGAUGAGGCCUGUGUGCGCGAGAGGUGGCAAGACGUACACCUCGUUGUGCGAGCUGAAGAGGCAGGCCUGUUUGACGAGGACCAACAUCGAGGUCGCGUACACGGGUACAUGCGGCUCGAGGGGUCCCUGCUCCGAGAAGAUCUGCCAGUGGGGCGCGAUUUGCGCGGAAAUCGGUGGGACGGCGAUUUGCGAGUGUCCAACCUGUCCGGCGGAAUUUCAACCGGUUUGCGGAGACGACGGAAUCAGCUACGGAAACGAGUGUCAGCUUCGCCUGGAGGGUUGUAAACAUCGACGAGAGAUACGUGUGCUUUACCAGGGGCUGUGCAACGAGUGCGAGAAUAAGAAGUGCGAGUUUUACGCAGAGUGCAAGACUGACAAUGGUGGGGAAGCCAAGUGCGUUUGCCCGAGCAAAUGCGAGAUCUCGGCGAAGGACGCCGCUCCGGCCGCGGAGAAGAUUUGCGGGUCCGACGGGGUAACCUACGCCAACGAAUGCGCGAUGAAAGUGGCCUCUUGCGCUUCUCGAGCGCUGAUCACUGUCAACUACGUGGGCGACUGCGAGCUUUGCGCGAGGGUUGAGUGCGAUCACGGGGCUCACUGCAUGGCCGGCGUGUGCGUGUGCCCCGACGAGUGUCCCGAGAGCAGCGGGGAGCCAGUGUGCGGCAGCGAUGCCAAAACUUACCCGUCGGAGUGCGAGUUGCAGAAGGCGGCCUGCGGGAGGGAUCCCAAAUUGCCAGUGUUGCACGUGAUAUUCUACGGCGAUUGCAGUGAACGAUUCGCGGUCGCGGCGCUCACCACGAUGUCGACGCCUGCGGUCGUUCGAUUGGCCACUACCGCGGUCGACGUGACCAGCACCCAGGUACGCGAAGCUUGCAAGAACAUUAACUGCGACUUCGAGGCGACCUGCGAGCUCGGCCCGGACGAUUAUCCAAGGUGCAGCUGCAAGUUCGACUGCGCCUCGAUAUCCCAGGAAAAUAUGCGCCCUGUUUGCGGCAGCGAUCUCAGGACCUAUUCGUCCCUCUGCGCCAUGAAAAUGGAAGCUUGCCAGAGGCAACAAGAGCUAAGACCCAGACCCCUAGAUCUUUGCCAAGGUAUGGAAGUGAAACCUUGCAAUGGCGAUCCCCCGUUGGUGGACGCGGAUGGAAAGGAGUACGAUUGCGGUAACGGUCCAGAACGACGAGAUUGCCCCAGCAACAGUUACUGCCAUCAGACCACGCGAUUGGCACGAUGCUGUAGAAAAGCCCAAGGAACCCAAGUCGUCAAGUGCUCGGAUUCCUGGCAUGGUUGCUGUCCGGAUGGCAAGACAGCAGCGCGAGGACCCAAUGGCGCAGGUUGCCCGAGUUUGUGCAAUUGCAACAGGUUAGGCAGUGUUUCUGACACCUGCAAUCCAGAGACCGGACAGUGCGAGUGCAAACCGGGCGUAGGCGGCCUGAAAUGCGAUAGAUGCAUGCCCGGUUACUGGGGUUUGCCUAAAAUCAGCGAGGGCCAUCAAGGAUGCAUACCAUGCGGCUGCUCUCUUUUCGGCUCCGUCAGAGAGGAUUGCGAGCAAAUGACUGGUCGUUGCGUCUGCAAACCGGAUAUCCAGGGUCAAAAAUGUACCAUUUGUACCGAUCACAACAAGAUAUUAACCCUUACCGGUUGCUACUCAGCCGACACGAUACCGCCGAUACCGACGUCUUGCAACGAGCUGGAAUGCUAUUCUGGCGGCCAAUGUUCGGAGAUCGGUGGCCCGCACUGCGUUUGUCCGUCGUCUUGUCCAUCGGACAUACCGUCCGUGCCGGUUUGCGGUAGUGACGGACAGACAUACGACAACGAGUGCGAGCUCAGGCUGUACGCUUGUCGCCACCAGGCGGACGUGGUCACGCAGGCCUUUGGCCACUGCAGAGACGAUCCAAUGGUGAACACGGACUUCCCCGUUAAAAGGUACACGGCGGUGCAGUACACCCAACCGGCGGCCGCCAUUUCACCUUUAUCGAAAUCUACCAGGCAUCUGUUGGUGCCGGAACCGGAUCCACGCUAUUUUUACACUCACAGGGCCCAUCAAGAAACCAUCACGAUCGACAGGGAUAAUUUAAAGCACGGAGUGGCAGCCGCGUACAGACCUACCCCGGCAACGAUCCGCGUGGUCACCGCUUUGCUGGGAGACUUGUGUACCGACGACAAGGAUUGCACCAUUCCCAACAGCGAAUGCUCGAACGGGGGCUGCAUUUGCUCCGAGGGAUACGCGGAGACCAGCGACAGACAGGAAUGUUUCGCUAAUUACGUGCCCGUUACACCGACCGAGGAAUUCCGUGCCUGCCUGUCGUAUCCGUGUCACGCGACAUCGACCUGCAUCGAUCUUCCGAGCGCAACGUUCGUUUGCAUCUGUCGUCCAAAUUACACCGGCCGAUUCUGCGAGGAGAUGAACAAAAGGGAUUACGAGGUUGCGUCGUUCGACGGUAAGAGCUACGUCAGGAUGAACAGAUUGAAGGCUUACCACAAGUUCAGCGUCGAGGUCGAGUUCAAGACGUACGCCGACAACGGGAUUAUACUUUACAACCAGCAGAAGAGCGACGGCACCGGGGAUUUCGUCUCGUUAGCUAUCGUCGACGGACACGUGCAGUUCAGAUACAAUUUGGGAAACGGCCCCGUGGUUCUAACUUCCCCCGAAAGGGUCACCAUGAAGACGUUCCACAGCGUGGCGGCGAAGCGAUACCACAAGGACGGUGUUUUGAUUUUCAACGACGGGGAGGACGUGGUCGGGCAGAGUCAAGGAAUGUUGAAAUCGUUGGAUCUGAAUCAAGACACGUUCGUCGGGAAUAUGCCCACCAAUUACUCCAAGGUUUACGACAAUAUCGGCACCAACCACGGUUUCCUCGGUUGCAUAAGGAAAUUGAAGAUCAAUCGAAUCCACGUGGAUCUUCACGUGGGCCGCGACAAGGAGAUCUUGGAGACGUAUCGGGUGAAGGAGUGCGGGGAGAACGCGUGCGCCAAUCUUCCUUGCCAGAACGGUGCCACUUGCCAGCCGAUCUUCGAGGAGGAUCUGUGCAACGGCCACGAGUGCAGGAGAAUGCAGAAACGGGGGAAGGGGAAGAACAAGAACGGAGUGAACAUCGUGAGGUGCAAGGGGACCCAUUGCACCCUGGUCGAUCGCGAACGUAGAUCGAAGAAGAACGCGAGGAAACGUUGCGCCACGUCCAAGUGCGAUUACGAUUACGACGCCGAUUACGAGAACGGUUACGAGCACGGGAAUUACGCGGUUGAGAAAUACGAGCCGCCCAAUUACAGAUGCAUCUGCCCGCCUCAAUUCACCGGUAGGAAUUGCGAGGAGUCGUUGGACCCUUGCAUAGGAGAGCCUUGUCAGCACGGGGCCACUUGCGACAUCCUACCCCAGGGUGGUUACGUUUGCAAGUGCCCGCCCGGGAGGACCGGCGAGCAUUGCGAAAUACUGGACGCGGAGUUGACGGAACUGUUGAUACCGGAAAUGUCUGGGGACGGUUUCCUCGAGCUACCAUGUUUGGAGGGCGUGGCGAAAGCGUUCUCUAUCGAAUUAUGGUUCCUCACGCACGCCAGCGACGGUUUGCUACUUUACAAUGGCCAGUUGAACAACGGGCGGGGUGAUUUCAUUAGUCUAAACUUGGUCCAAGCGAAGCUCGAGUUCAGAUUCAAUCUUGGAAGUGGUAUCGCCAAUAUUACUUCCCCGGACCCGGUUACCCUCGACACGUGGCAUUGUGUUCGAAUCAGCAGGCUGGGCAGGGAGGGUGUUCUCCAAUUGGAUGAUGGAACGGUCGCAAGAGGUUUAUCGGGAAGUCCAUUAACGGAGCUGAACUUGGAAAUGCCUCUUUACGUCGGCGGUCUUAAACAUUGGCGAGAGAUUCAUCGAUUGGCUGGCGCAAGAACCGGAUUGGUAGGGGCGAUACAAAGAUUGAUGGUUAAUGGAAAAACUUAUCAGAAUCUAGCUGUCAAUGUUACUCAGCAUAACACGGAAAUCUACGACGGCCUACCGUGUCCCAGCAACGAAAAUCCUUGCCACAACGGCGGAGUGUGUCUACCUCUGUUGAACAGUUAUCUGUGCAAAUGUGCUAGCGGUUACAACGGCCUUCACUGCGAAUUUUUCAUGGGCUACGACGUAUCCACGGAAUUAUCGGAGAGGCCGGUCCGUUUCAAGGGUGACAAUUUCUUGCAAUUCAGACACCGAAACGGAAGAAGGCGCAAGGGUCAACAGUCGAAUAAAUUCGAGCUGAGAUUGAGAACCACGCACCCGGAUGGUCUGAUCGCCUGGAUCGGAAGAGGAAAAGUGGAGCAUCUGAUCUUGUCGUUGCACGGGGGCCAAGUGUUUCUCACGUACAAAAGCAAAAACGAACAGAUAUCGUUGAGAAGCAGGGAACGGGUGGACGAUGGCGUGUUCCAUCAAAUCAGGGCGUCGAGAAGGCGAAGAACGUCGAUGAUACAGGUGGACGACUCCGCCCCUGUCAAGGUGUCGACAGAAAUAACCUUGCUAACGACGAACGGCAAGCUUUUCGUGGGCGGGAAGCCAGGCCAUCGCGGCAUCAAAGGGUGCGUGUCGGACUUCGUUGUGGACAAACGUCGUCUUCAACUUGGCAGGCGGAAGAUCGAGUACUGUCACGACAACGAUGUAUGAUAACGAAUCCCGGAAACGACGAUUGUCAACGUGACGUCGCCUCUGGCCACGCUUGUCGAGUGGACGACCCUCUUGUCCUCGACGAGUUAACACCAAGCCUAAAAAGACGAGACAAAGACGGAGUGAGCGUUGGUGGUGUUCGUUUCUGGGUAAACGAGAGGGACGAGGAUUGAACGAUCGUGUAAGGAAGGAAGGAAGAAAGGAAGGAAGGAAGUGAAUUUCCUUCGUGGAAAAGGCCCAUCUUACCUAUCUACGUGGAUCCAAUAACGUAGCGAGCUAAUAAUAAUUAUUUAUUUUUCGUUUCGUUAUUAGUUGUAGAAAGAGGAGAUUAUCCCGAUUAUUUCGUGUUAAUCGACGAAGCUAGAGGAGAAUUAAGAAGAACGACCAGAGAAGAAACGAAAGGAUGUAAAGAGGAGUAAAGAAAAAAAAAAGAGGUUCUCAUCUAAGGACAAUAAUAUAUUUUUAAGGUGGCGAGAUUAAAAAUAUACAUAUAUAUAUAUAUAUAUAUAUGUGUAUAUAUAUAUAUACAUAUAUAUAUGUGUGUGUAUGUAAAAUUUAACGCGUAUACGUAUAUAAGCGGGGUGGGGAAGAGAAGAAUGCUUGUGGAACUCGGUUGACUCGGGCGACAGAAGAAGAACAGUGGGGUAAAGGGGUUAGUAGGUUUUCGGGCGUGAAAGGGACAUGAAAAGUUAUUCGUUUAGACGUUUUAUUCUGUAAGUUGAAAUAUAUCGAAGCACUUAUAAAUGUUUUACGAUGCCAAGACUGAUUAAUGAAAGAAAUAAAAAGAAGAAGAAGAAGAAGAAGAAGAAGAAGAAAAAAAAAAGAAGAAAGCGAGGACGAAAUAGCGGGAGUUAAAGGAGAAAAGAAAUAUAGUUAAAAGAGAACAAAAAAAAACAAAGAAAAAAAAAAAAGAAAAAACAAAGCGAUAAAUCGGUGUUAUGUUUGAGUGUUUCGGUAGAGAGAUUUAAAUGAUCGUGCAUUAUCAGAAUAUAGAAGAAUGUAUUUUAAAGGACUUGUUGAUUUACGCCAGUAGAGAAAAAAACGAGGAAAAUAAAUAAGAAAAAAAAAANAAAAAAAAAAAAAGAAAAAAAAAAACAAAUGAAAAAAAACGAAGAAAAAGAAGAAGAUGAACGAAAUAUAAUAUAUAUAUAUUCACAUGUACACACACUUGCGUACACGGAAACACACGUAACACGCAUUAAAUUAUACGAACGCCGUAUAACGUUGUUUCUAGGCAGGCAAGGCUUUUUACAAAUGCGCAAAAGAAUAGAUAUAUAUAUAUAUUAUUAUGAUUACUAUAUAUAUAUAUAUAUAUGAUACUAUUGCAACAUUCCAUUUAAUGGACACCAAUGCGACGAAAAUUUUAGAUAGAUACUACCACGGAAUGAAUAUGUGAAUCAUGAUCAAUGUCUCGUUAAAUAUUAAAGAAUGAAUCGAGCUCACCUCGCUCGAAGACACUCCAUUUCCGUUUCGACAAUCAUUUCGACACACACACACGCACGUGAAAAUAGUUUCUCCCCCUCCCCCCGAACAAGUUUCUAAAAUGCUUAAAAAUCGUGACCACGCGAUAAGUUUCUUCUCGAUGUUACACAGGGUCGACGAGAACCGCGCGAUAAAACCGCGAUCUAAUCUAAUAAAUCGUCUAUCAUAUCAACGAUCGAAUCUUCGAGUCGAGUUUCUUCGCGACGAUUCGAACGUGAACGAUCGAUAAUUAUUUGAAAUGAUUCCAAUCGAUUCCAACGAUUGAUUAAAACCAUGGAAUUCGAACUCCUCGAUAAAAUAUAGGAAGAAUAAUAUAUAUGCGAUAACGUGUGUGUGUGAUCGAAGAACGAUCGACGAGAAGGAGUGUCUGAAUGAAAGCGUGACGUAUGACUGGCCGAUGAUCGGGAUCUGUCACACCACUACUUGUAAAUAUAAUUAAUAUGCGCCGAUACGUACGAGUUGAUUAUACACGUUUCGCUAUCGCGCGUACGGAAGAAACGUUCGCGCGUGGCGUGCGUGAAGUCGGACCUAAAUGAAAACAAAUCUAACAAGGGCGACCUAAAUAUUAAUAAUAGUAAAUAAUGUCGUAACGAUUCAUCGAAUCAGCCUUUUACGAAGAAGAAUUUUCCUUCUUUCCCUUCCCCCUUCCUCCCUCCCUUUCUUUUCCUUCGUUUCUUUCUCUUCGUCGCUCGAACGAAAACCACGUCUAUUUAACACUCAACGUGUUCUUCCCCUUCCCAGCCCGUUUAAUUAACGAUCUAACGACGUCGAACGACGUCGAACAAAGGAGCCUAAGUUUUUUUUCCUUUUUUUUGUUUAAUCGUUAAUGGCGACUGCCGAUCUGUCGCGGAAAGAGACGCUAUCGAAGAUUCUUUCGCUCGUCUCGUCGAACGUUUCCAGCCUCUGUUUAUCCAUCGAAUCGAAUAAUCGAAAGUUUUUAUUUCAUCAAUGGGGAAACGAAUUAUUGAAAUUACGAAAACGUCGAGGAUGAGAUAUAUAUAUAUACAUAUAUAUAUGUAUAUUCUAA